AUGUUGUCUAAUAUUUUUUAGAAUAUAUGUCGAAUUCACAACAGUGAAAUAAUUGCUAUUAAAUUGUCUGCCAAUAAGUAACUAAAUGAUAUUCUUAUGUGUGUGUAUUGCUUAACAGGAAAUGCUUAAUAUCCUGUUUUACCAAUAAAUGAAAUCUAAAAGUUGUAUGAAACUAAACUUGCUUUUAUUAAAUAAUUGUAGGCUGAAAAGCAUUAAUUAAUAAAAGCAAAUCUUAGUAAAAUACUAGAUACUUUGAACUAGUUGAAAAAUGAUAUGAAUGUUUAAUUAGAAAAAGGAAUUCAAUUGAUUGAAAACUAAUUAUAAUAGGAAAAUUAAAAAACACUUAGGUAACAAAAUAAUUAAGAAGAGAGUGAAAAGACUUUAGAUGAUUAUAUUUAAUUGAUAUUUAGUGAUGAACUCAGUUACGGUUAAUAAUAACAAAAGGAAGAUGAAUUUAGUUGGAUAAAAUUGUUAUCCAAGGAAUUAGAGAGAUUAAGCAAAAUUUAAGAAAUAUAGGACUGCUUAUUGAUAUCGAAAGAUCUCAAAAAAUAAUAUUAAAUAAAAGAUUAAAAUAUAAAGUCUCAAAAUUAAAUAAAUAAAUUACUUUAAUAAAUUUCUUAUAAUUAAGUAAAUGAGAGAACACCUAAAUUGGAUUUUAAUUGUCAAAUACAUGGUAAAGAAAUAAUUUUAUUUGAUUUGAACAAUGAGACAGAGAAAUAUAAACGGUUAUGUUGCAUAGAAUGUAUGCCAUCCUAAUAUAUUUCAUUAACCAAAGCUUAAGAGAAAUGGAAAUAGUUUGAAGUGAGAAGGUGUAAUUAUUUCUAAUAAUAAAUACAUGAUAAAGAAUAAUAAUAUGAAUAAGUUUAGGAGUAGAUUAUCAAAAUUGAAAAUUAAAUUAUAGAAUAGGUUAAGAAUUUAAGGAUUAAUUUUGAAGAAAAUAUAUUGAUGAUGAAAUAAAUAUUUUUUAAAAGUCCCAAUUUUUAUAAUUAUGAUCUUUAAAAACAGAAUUAUAAUGAAAUAUAUGAUAGAAUUGAUAUUAUAAGUAAAUCAUAUGAAAAUUAAUAAAGUAUCAUUUUUUAAGAAUAUCAAGAGAUGUAAGAUAAUAUUCUAUUUUAAUUAAAGUAAUAAUUAUAAUAAUUAUAAUUGUACUAAUAAAACUUGUAUGAUAAUCUAAGAUCUACAUUAUGUAAUUCUGAAGAAAUAAGUUAAGCAACAAGCUAAUCAGAUUAAUAGAUACAUAAUAUAAAUUAAAUUAUAAUUGAAAAUCGAGAUAAUUCAAAUAGUAAUUAAUUUGAAUAAUAUUAAACACAUGAAUCUCAAGAUUAUAAAAAUAGCAAAGAAAUAUACAAAGAAUUUAAUAUGUAGACAUUAUCAACCAUUAAUGAAAAUCGUUAGUAAAGAAGUGCCUCGGCAUAGAUAAAAUCAACAAUUCAAUAAAAAGAUUAAUAAAUAAUAGAAGAGAAUCUAAUGGAACUUUAAUAUGAAAAUAAUUAUGAAUUAAUAGAAAAGUUUCCAUAAGAAUAAUAUUGUCAUGCCAUAUAAUUUAAUCACGAUAAUAAAAUAAUGAUUAGUAGUUGUUAAAAUGACAUAACUGUUUGGGAAUUCAAUAAUGGAAAAAUUGAUAAAAAAUAAUAAUUAGUUGGACAUACAAAUUUGGUUAUUUCUUUAUUUUUUAGUUUGAGUAAAACAGAAUUUAUAUCUGGAAGUACAGAUAAAUCUAUUAGAUAUUGGUAAAUUGUAGAAAAUUAAUGGACUUGUACUUAGAUAUUAUUAGGACAUAAGAGAUAAAUUGAUUGUUUAUUAUUUGAUAAUAAAGGCAAUUAAAUAUUAUCUUGUAGUUGUGAUAAAUCAAUAAGAGUAUGGAGAAAAAAUGAAUAAUAAAAAUGGAUAUAGGUAUAAGUGCUAAACAAUCAUUAAGCCUAUGUUAGAUGUAUUAGUUUUAGCAAAUCUUAAGAAUUAUUUGUAUCAUCUGGUGAAGAUAAGAUGAUUAUUGUUUGGGAAAUAGAUGAAUUUAAAGAAUGGAAAUUGAAAUAAAUAAUUUAGAAUGAUGACUAUGGAUAUAGAAUAUGUUUUGUUGAUAACAAUUAUUUGAUUUGGUAACCAAGAAAUAUUAAUUAAUCAAUAAUAUAUUAAUUGAACAGCAACUUAGAUUAAUUUGAAUAGAGUAAUUAAAAUAUUUAAUUACUAAAAUAAAGUAAUGGAUAUUAAAACUUCUUUCCAUCUAUUUAUAAUGAAAAUAAAUAAAUUGUUAUAAAUAAACAUGGAAGAUAUGUAUAUGUUUUGAAAAAAUUAAUAAAUGAUUAAUUUUUAAUUUCUUAAGUAAUUGAAGUCGGUCAUUAUUGUAAUUAUGGUUCAUUAUCACCAAAUGGUGAAUACUUGGUGAUAUGGGAUGAAGAAUCAAAAUAUUUUUAAAUAAGAAAAGCAAAAUUUUGA